AUGCCCACGAUCCUUACACCACAAGGAUGGGUCAAAGUUGCACCUCCUCCUCCUCGCAAGAAGCAACCGGUCUCCAACCCCAAAGCUGCCCUUCGAGGUCCCCUGGCAUAUUUAGCCUGUCAACCACAGGCACCGACCCUCAACGUCGGCGGCGGGAACGUCAGCAAGGGGAAAGCGCCCUUCCCGUACGAUCUAAGCGCCAGUCCCGAGGCGCUGAAGCGACAGAGCCAGGCGAGCAGGACCGUCUCAGCCCCAGUCAUGCACGGAGCUCUGAGACCAAGUGGCGAGGACGAGAACGAGAACGAGAUCAGGAACGUCCGACCUGAGAUGGAAACCCGGCUGCCUCCACCACCGGGAUCGAUACCGAAGUCGAGAUCCAGGAGUUCCCGGCACCACCACGAUGACGAUGACCGGUCCGUAGCCAGUUCGGGCUCCAACCUAAGUUCGCCGUCGAGUUCCAGUUCAAAAUCGAGCGCCAGUUCCAGGUCCAGUGCCCCGUCGGUCAAGUCGUAUACGCGACGUAGGCCUGUCGAAGCAAGGCCUGCGGGGCACCCACACCCACACCCACAGCCACCGGCAGGUCCGAGGGACUACUUCUAUCCCGCGCCGAGAUAUGAGCACCAAUUUGCACCUCCUCCGACGCCGCAGGUCGUGCAUGUCCCGAUGCCGAUGGGCAUGUCGAACGGGCGGAGUCUGUCGUAUAGUUGGUAUAAUGCCACGACGCCGCUGAAUAUCAAGUGA